AUGAGAAUCCACGGGGCCCUCCUCACGGCCAUGGUGGCGCUGAGCCAUCUGCUGGAGGGAGCACUAGCAGAAAAGGCAUGGAACCAGCUCGAGGCGGCCAGUGUACUUCAAUGGCCAGGCGACUGCAACCCCUCGGAAUGCGUCGAUUUCGAGAUGGACGAGACGAUUCAAGAAACGGCCCUGCUGGCUGACUCGGCGAGCAAAGCCAUCGACAUUAUUCUUGGAACGAAGACGAAUAAUGUCGUCCCCAAAACGACAACCAAUAAGCGCUUCCUGGAGGCCGCGAAAUACAUGUUCAAUGUUGAUUUUGGCGAUGCCCCAGACAACCCGAAAAAGUCAUGGGCUGUGGAGCAAGACAAGCGCUUUGUUUUGCAAAACUAUGACAAUAUACGCAACCUUGUGUACGGGGUUGGAGAUUAUGCCAAGCCGAAGAUGCUCUGUGGUGAUGGGGACGUCGAAUUCGUGACGAAGAUGGGCCAAAUUGGAGGAAAGCCUGAAGAUGAACCCAUCUGGAGGGCGAUGAAGGAAGAUGAGAAAACCACGCCUGGAUGGUGGAUAUCCAAUUGGUACUCCCCACGGGACAAGAACAACAAGCUCAUCGAAGACCUUGUGGUCCGUCUUAUGACAAAUGAGAAGAUCUGCUCCGGCGCAAUCAACGGAUUCGGGCCCACAGUCGGCGAGACGUUUUACUUCGAGAGGAUCAUGGUUCUUUGCGACCGGUUUUUCAGCUAUGCCCCUCUCACGAGGCUAAUCGAGGAUCAGAAGAGUCUUGCUGUGGGGUCGCUUAUAGACAAGACGCAGAAGACACGCGGUGGGUAUUUUCUGCAUGAGGCCCUGCAUUGGCUGGAUCGCGACAUGAAGGAUCAGGACAUCGACAUUGGUCAGGGCAUGCAAGCGGCCUAUGGUUGGGAACGAUGUGCGGCUCUCGCAAAACAGGGCGUACGUGUGAAGGAGGCACGGUUUAAUCCCGACAACUAUCACUGGUUUGCCGUGGCUGUUGUUCUUCACGAAGUGACAUGGGAUUCAAAUGGACAGAAGGUAUCGUGA